GAAAAGCCACCAUUUUAGCAGACACCCACAGAAAACGGUAGGUUCUCUCUCAUAACUAAAUCUAGAUUAGUGAACCAAGCUGAUCCCAGUUCAAUCCCUUCAACUUCUACCUGGACCGGAGGGAUGUCACAGUCUGACGGUUGGCUCCUCACAGUACUUCUGGUCUCAGUCGGUUCCCUGUUUGAAUCAAAAGUGUUUCUGGAGCAGAGGCAUGCAGUGCAGCUUCUCCGAGGGCCCCGGUGGCCCAGGGCCAACUUCUUCCUUGAGGAGAUGAUGCCCGGCAACCUGGAGCGGGAGUGCUAUGAGGAGACCUGUUCCCAGGAGGAGGCUGCUGAGAUCUUCCAGACCAAGGAGAAGACGAUGGAGUUUUGGUAUAGAUAUAAGAAUCUGAAUCCUUGCCACUACAACCCAUGUAAGAAUGGAGGAAUCUGCACCAUUGACCGGGAUGGAUACCUCUGUCUGUGUCCCCCACGCUACGAUGGAAAAACAUGUGCAAUAGAGGUGUUUGAGUGCCAGUUUAAGAAUGGAGGCUGUCUGCAUUACUGCACCAACCAGGAGCGUACCACAGGGGUCCAGUGCAGCUGUGCAGAGGGUUACCAGUUAGAUGAGGACGGCAAGACCUGCUCUGAAACAGUGGCGUUCCCUUGUGGGAAGAAGCAGAGUGAGGCUUUACUGCGCCGCUCUCUACUGGACGAGUCCGAGCCCUUCACCCCGACCUUCCGCCACUCUGACAGGAACCUCACCAUCACCAUGGAGGGGGAAAGGAACUCAACCUCCACCCUAUUUGCAAUUAACCCAACCCAGCCAGGGGGGAACAGCACUGAUUACAUGGAGGACGUUAAUGAAGACACCCGGAUAGUAGGAGGGCAGCUGGAGAGGCAGGGAGGAAGCCCAUGGCAGGUCAUGAUCUGGAGGGAGGAUGGGUAUGGCUUCUGUGGGGGAACUCUGAUCAGUCAGCGCUGGGUGGUCAGUUCCGCACACUGCAUGCAUGAAACCCCUGACCAUGUGACUAUCGGGGACUAUGACAAGCGGCGUCCCGACCCAGAUGAGCAGAAGAUUAAGGUGGCCAAGGUCAUCGUCCACCCUCACUUCCACGACUACACCUUCGAUAGCGACAUUGCUCUCGUCUACCUCUCUUCCCCUGUGGUGCUGAGCCCUGUGGCGGUACCCGCCUGCCUUCCCAAUGGUCAGCUGGCCAGCCACCUCCAGCGGGAGGAUGUGAGGGGCAUGGUCACAGGCUGGGGCGUCACAAAGUACCUGGGGCCCUCCUCACGCUUCCUAAGGAAAGUCACUCUGCCCGUGGUCGACCAGCAGAAGUGCAUCCGCUCCACGGAGCAGGUUAUCACAGACAACAUGUUCUGUGCGGGCUACCUGGAGGCCAGCUUGGAUGCCUGCAGUGGGGACAGUGGGGGUCCCUUUGUGGUCAACUACCACGGGACCUGGUUCCUCACAGGGGUGGUGAGCUGGGGGGAGAAGUGUCCCACCAAGGGGAAGUAUGGCAUCUACACCCGGCUAGGGAACUACCUGCGCUGGAUACAAGAUACUAUAGAAAGCCAGGUGCAUAACAGCACACAUACCUGAGGUGCAGCUCGGAGACGAUCCCAAUUCAUUCCCUACCCUUUGGCCCUUCAAUGAUUGCAGCUUUGAUCAUCUGAAUGGUCUGGAUAGGUGCAAGCAGUUUAGUGGUGGCCUUUACCAUAUUGCUUACACACCUGCAAAGAUCGAAGGGUUGGAGACAAGGGUAAGGCCCAAAUUGGGAGUGCUGCUGAUGAAUUCCAAGUCAAAUGUAUCAAACCCUAGCCCCAACCAGGUAUUAGCAAUACAGUAAUAGCUUGUAAUUGACCUCUGAGGGAAUUCCAUGAAGAAUUUAUAGCAUACAUCCAAUCCUUUCAGAUUUACAGAAAUGCCUGAGUGCAUUAUGAAAUAUAAGUUGCACCUGGGGUGAGUUCAGGAGAAUACAAUGCAACGUGUUUAGAUAAAUGCAUUUAAGACCGGAUUUUCUGUCAUGAUGAUGUAAAAUUGGGAACCAUGUCAGCUCAAUUCAUUGCAUUAUUCUGACUGUUUUAAAUUCACUGAACAUGACCCUGGUGCUUCAAACAAUUACCUUAUUUCAUUUUAUUGUGAAUAACAUAAGUUACCAAAGAAUUGGCAACACACAAACUGUGCACAUUAUUAAUCAGGUAAGAUUUGGUUCUGAGAGCACGUGGUCAGUUUCACUGCCCCAUUUAAAUGUUUUCCCCUAAGUAAUGCAAAGCUUCAAGUUUUAGGACUGUUAAAUGGAGUUUGUUGGAGUGUUUUGUGAAAGUACAUAAGUUGCCACUAGCAAUAAGUAGUUAGAAUUAUUUCGCUGUGUGCAUUAAAGUGAUAGUUCACUCCAAUGUAUCAUGUUUUUAGACAUCAACAGUGGUCAAAUGAGAUUGAGAGGAAUCUAGUUCAAGGCCAUAGGUAACGUUUCAAAUAAAGACGACUAAGAGAUCUGGUGAAA